AGACCGGUGUAGCCGGCAAGAAUGGCGACCCUGGGACCCGUGGCAAUGAUGCCGGCAGCUUCAAAAUCUAUGUAGAGGAGCUGGAAAACUCAACCAUCGCCGCCGAGGGAGUGACCAACAAGGUGUUGUUUGCUAUCAGCCUUAACGGAGGCAAGGGAGCACGCGGCCAAGACGGCCAAGACGGUGGCAACGGGGGCCCUGGUAUUGACUGGACAGUAUCAGAGACCUGCAUGCUCAUGGUAGAGGAUUUCAAGGAUCCUGAGAUCCUCCUCGGCUUCCUCGGCGGUCUCGGAGGUGCGGCCGGCCGUGGAGGUCCCGGCGGUCGGGGAGGAGCCGCAGGGACAGUGUCCAUCUUCGGGCCCGAGUCUGUGGCUCAGAAACUCCAAGCCAUCUUCACGGUAGAGAAUGAGAACGGCUCUAGCGGUGCCAAUGGCAACCCCGGGCGGCCUGGCAAGCAAGGCCCUUACAGCCGAUCCAGAUUAUACCAGCCCAAGUAUCGUAGUGGCGAGUGGGACGUCAUGAAGUCCAUAAUCCAGCCAAACUCGCCUUAUCGCAAGGUCUGGGAUGUUAUCACUGCAACCGUCACGGGAUUGCAGCAUGUGUGACCAGUACCUCGGCAGGAUCAAAGGCGUCGUGGGUAUGAGAGCCAAGUUCAAGGCGUUUAUACGCGCUGUCCAGGCCAAGCACACGCUCAUCUCGGAGUACAACAGGGUCUUUACCCG